GUGGAAAAAGCAUCCGUACUUACCUAGCAUAGCCUGGUGGAAAGAGCCAAGAUCACCUGGAGGAACCCAUAUCUGCAAGAACUUGGAAUUUGUGUCCUUUUCGUAUGGCUGUACCACAGAAUAUAAAUGAAAUUUCAAACUUACCACCUCAGAGCAGUGGCAGUGAUGAACAGUUAAGACUCCCUGUUGGGCCAGGAGUGUUGGAGUUUGUGUAUGGCUCAGAGGAACUAAUAGUGGAAGGGAUACAAUGGCAGACUAGUGAAUCUGGUGUCCUAUGCCCCCCUUUGCUGUCUCGUUUUGAUCGUACCCUCCAGUCAUCUUGGAAGCAACGGAUGGAACAAGGAUUGUUUCGUUACUGCCUUGGGGAGCUGCAAACCCAAAUCCUACCUGGCCCUCUGGGUUUUGUGGCUCAGCUGAAUGUGGAGCGGGGUGUACAGAGAAGAUGCCCUCAGAACGUCCAGAGUGUGAGACAGGCAUUUGACCCUCAGCAGUUCAAUUUCAAUAAGAUCCAUCCAAGAGAAAUCCUCUUCCGCCUGUGCCGAGGUCCAGGCUUUCCAAAAGCUUUCCAGUUCAAUGAGAUCCUGGUAAUUAUCAAUGUCAGUCCCUUGGAAUGGGGACAUGUGCUGUUUGUGCCAGAGCCAACCCAAGGGCUACCACAGAUCCUCAUGCAAGACCCAUUACAGUUUGGGGUAGAGGCUGUCAUGCUUAGUACCCACCCUGGCUUUCGUGUGGGCUUCAACAGCCUGGGUGGCUUGGCUUCUGUCAACCACUUACAUCUGCAUGGUUACUACCUAGCCCAUAAACUGCCAGUAGAGACAGCUCCAAGCCAGCCACUAGAUCCCAAAGGUCAUAUACACCUACUAAGAGGACUCCCAGCCCCUGGUUUCCUAUUUUAUGUGGAUGAGCCAGGACCAAAGUUGGAGGCAGUGGUAGACAGGGUCUGCCUGGUCACCAACUACCUCAUUGACCAGGAGAUUGCGCAUAACUUAUUUGUGACUCGGGGAGCCCCGCCUGGAACCUCACCAUCCUCAUUGGCCUACACUGGUGUCCGGGUCAUCCUCUGGGCCCGGAAGUCCAGCUUUGGGAUUAAGGAAGGGGAGGCUUUCAACGUAGCUCUGUGUGAGCUGGCAGGACACCUGCCUGUUAAAACAUCCCAGGAUUUCGAAAGCUUGACAGAAGCUUCAGCUCUGAAUCUCAUUCGGCAAUCUCUCCUGCCUUCAUCCCAGUUUUUACAACUUCAAGAAGAACUGGUGUCCCUCCUGGCAUAGCAUAGUAGGUGCUUUCCCUGGAUCAUAGUUAUUUUCUAAUUUAUUUUGUUCCUCCUUUUAGUGUUUCUCUUAGGUCAUGACUGCCCAAAAAACCUUCAGGGACCCCUAUUGUUUUUAGGCCAUAGUACAAAUUCCUUAGAGGUCUAGCAGUCAAAGCCCUAGUUCCCCAGACUUAUUUCAAAUGAAUUCCCUAUGUGCCCAUUAUGUGUCAGCCAAACUGGACUACUGGCCAGCUGUCGUUGAGCUUAGUAUUCCCAGCCUCACAGUUCCACAUAUCCCUCAGUACUUGGAAUGCCCUCUCUGUUCAUUACUGCCUUACCCUUGCCUUCCUGCAGCUUAGGUGCUGUUUCCUCCAUAAAACCUUUCCCCAUCCACUCCCCAUCCCCAGUUGUGUCCCACCUUCCUCACCAUUAUCUUGCAAUAUUUGUUACUUGAAUGUAAGUUCCUUGAAGGCAGAGAGUAACUUUU